AUGCUUUUAAAUGAAAUAGAUAAGUAUUACGGUGAUUAUGUAUUAGUAUUGUGCUGCACCGCGUUAUGCCCCCUUAAGACUUACAUCUCUGCCCGGCAACAGAAGGUUGUUACAAAAUCCUUCGAACAGUCUGACAAGCUUUCAACCAAUCUUGGUGUUCCGCAGGGCUCGGUUCUGGGCUCCCUUCUCUUCAGCCUACAUAUUAAUAACAUCGCGGAGACGCUAAGUAUCAGUCAGCUUAAUCAUCUGCUUUAUGCAGACGACCUUCAGAUCUACAAGCAGGUGGAAAUGUCUGAGCUUGAUCUUGGUAUUGCGCGCUUGGCGGAUGUGGCGAGAUCAGUGUCAGCGUGGGCGAGGGACUCCGGUCUCUAUCUGAACGUUCUGAAGACUAUUUUUUUCGGGUCUGUUCACAAUGUCAAUGCUCUGAAUAACCUUGGUCUUCCGGGCAUUGAGCUGGAGGCUGGGGCUCUCGUCCCCUUUACUGAUACUGUGAAAAACCUCGAAGUGGUCAUGGAUUCCAAGCUCUCCUGGAAGCCCCACGUCAAGUGCAUAACAAAGCGAGUGAAUCGUGCACUCCAUGGUUUAAAGUUUUUCCGGACUUGCACUACUGAGGCACUGCCAACUAGCAUCUAUUUUCAUUUGCCAGAAACAUUAUCAACUUUAUCAAAAACCGAUAUAUUAUCUUUGCCACCUGAGAUUGAAAAUUAUAAUUUAGUUUAUGUACCUGAAGUUGGUUAUGUAAUUGCCGUUACCAAAUGGAGAUCUCCUGCACUAGGAAACAAAAAUAUUUUAAACUUAGAGUAUAAAUUUACUACCAGAAACAUUCAUUAUUACAAAAACUACUUGACCAAAGAAUUAGAUAAGGCGUAUGGAGAUAUUAAUCAAAGUAUGAUAAAACGAUCAUCUCGUAUAAUUAUGAAACUAGCAUUAUACAUGAAUUUUUAUAUUGAGACUAUAUAUGAAAGCUUACAAAAAUGUGCUGAACUUGAUGCAUUAAUAUCACUAUUUCAAAUUGCUAAAAACAACAAUUAUGUUAAACCUCAUAUUGUUAAAGAAAGAAAAAUUGCAAUAAAGUGCGGCCGACAUCCAUUGUUAGAGCAAACACAUACAUUUAUUCCUAAUGAUACAUACUCUGAAUCUACCAGCAAUUUGUUGAAAAUUAUAAUGGGUCCAAGCAGCUGUGGUAAAAGUACAUACGUUCAACAAGUUGCUUUAAUUAUCUUUUUGGCUCAUAUUGGCAGUUAUGUUCCAGCUAAUCAAGCUGUUAUUGGACUUGUUUCACAAAUUUACAGCAAGUUAUUUAUUUGUGAAAGUUCUUCUUUGGAAUCAAGUUCAUUUUUACAAGAUAUACGACAGGUAACAGAAUCCGUCGGUAGAUUUUGGAUACUCAAGACUAUAACCUUGUAA